GUUGUGCCAUUCUCUCGAACGACUUCAGCUAACAGCCAGUGGUCUGCUACCAGGUGAAACUCAUUCAUAGCUCACCGGCAAUCUUAAUUAUACAAUGACUAGGGAAGGAGUUGUCCUCGCAAUGGGGAAUCCUCUUUUGGAUAUCUCUGCUACUGUUGACAAAGAUUUCUUAGACAAAUUUGGACUUGAAGCUAACAAUGCUAUUUUAGCAGAAGAUAAACACAAGCCAAUUUACCAAGAAAUGACAGAGAUAUUCAAUGCAGAGUUCAUUCCUGGUGGAGCUGCACAAAACACUGUUCGAGUUACUCAGUGGCUUUUAGGAAAGGACAGCAAAACCACUUCCUACAUUGGCUGCAUAGGCAAAGACGAAUAUGGAAGAAUUCUGUCUGAAAAAGCCACAGGUGCUGGUGUUACUGUAAACUACUUAGUUAAUGAAAAGGAACCAACAGGAACAUGUGCUGUGUGUAUUACUGGAAAACACAGGUCUCUAGUUGCCAACCUUGCUGCAGCCAACCAUUACAGCAAAUCAGAACACUUGGUUAAACCAGAAAACUGGGCUUUUGUGGAAAAGGCUGAAAUUUUUUAUAUCAGUGGCUUUUUCUUAACAGUAUCCCCAGAGUCAAUUGUGGCUGUAGGCAAACAUGCUGCCGAGAAAAACAAGAUCUUCACGAUGAAUCUGUCUGCACCAUUCUUAUGCCAGUUCUUCAAAGAACCAAUGAUGGAGGCACUACCUUAUGUUGACAUUCUGUUUGGAAAUGAGACAGAAGCUGGCAUUUUCGCUAAAGAGCAAGAGCUUGGGACAGAAGACCUGAAAGAAAUUGCGAUUAAAAUAGCUGCACUUGAUAAAGCUAACAAAGGUCGCCCGCGAACUGUGGUGAUAACCCAUGGAAAGCAACCGACGCUUGUUGUCAGAGAUGGUAAAGUCACAGAAUACCCAGUGAUAGUGAUAAAAGAAGAAGACAUCGUCGAUACGAACGGAGCUGGUGACGCCUUUGUAGGAGGUUUUCUCAGCCAGCUCGCCCAAGGAAAGCCGAUUGAUGAAUGUGUGCGCUGCGGUCACUAUGCUGCUAACCAUGUGAUACAGCAGUCAGGUGUUACGUUAACUAACGAACCAAGCUUUUCAUGACCUAGCGAAACUGCAACAUGAUCUCAAGCUCUGUAGGAAUCAUUUAAAAUAAAUUUAACUUCCUGAAA